UUUGCACGCACCGGUGCUAUCGAUGUGGCACGAAACAGAGAAAAAGCCCACCCACUCCCCAGCUUCUUCUCGAGUCCACCCGCCGCCGGCGCCGCCCCUCUGCUUCCGCCGCGCCACCGGCCCGCCUCCCCGCUGCUUCCACCGGAGCACCGCCCCCUGCUUCCACCGCACCGCCGGCCCACCUCCCCACUGCUUCCACCGCGCCACCGCCCCGCACACAACCUCCUGGUUGCCGGUCGCGUUGCCGACGCUUGCCCAACCUCCUAGCCGCCGGCGCCAUCGCCGCGCCGCCGCUUCACAAGCCUCCGUCACCCCCAUCACCUCCUGAUCUCGUCAUCAAGCUCCCUGACCACUCUCUGCAGUCACACGCUCCGGCCGCCACCCUGUUUCCCAUCUCCCCCAUCUCCGGUCUACCAGCGAACCACCUACACGGCUACACCCACAGCCGCAGGUCGCCGGCGUGACCCACUUCUUCUGCCGCAACGUCCCUGAUGUCCAUCUCCAGCGCGACAACUACCAACCUGACGUGCCCUCCGUUCACUGCCGCCACCUCGGAUCAUUCAACGACACAGUGCCAAGCAAUUUGAUGUCGCAGCUCGGGAGCAGUUCAGUGUGUAUUUUUAGAAGAAAAUCAACAACGGCGGCUGCACUGGAGCAGCACGACUACUAUUGCUGGCCGCCCCCAUCUCCGACCGGAUCCAGGCCGGCUCCCCUGAUAGCCACCAUGGCUUGUGUCGUUGGUGCUAGUGUGGAUGUGCGACAUGUUCAUGUCCCCAGUCUAUGCCAAGUUCAGAAUGCACGUCGGUCUCGUUGUGGAUGCUUCUGUAGUUCGGCAGUCCAACUAGUUGGACUGCCGAACUACAGAAGCAUCCACAACGAGACCGACUGCAUUCCGACGAAGAAAAAUAAGACAUGA